AUGAAUCAAAUGAGUGGAUCAGUGCAAGUAGUUUCCACUUAUAUGGUGGGACUGGUUAUCUUGCUAAAUUUCAGAACUAUUCUAACACAAGACUUGGGUUAUCCUUUUCCUUUUGUGGCCUAUGUAGUUGAAAGAUAUUCAGUUGAGAAAAUUCCACUGUACGAUUCUGCAGAGGAUGAGCCUUCGUCUAGGCUCUUCAAGGCUGUGAACUCCUCAGAGUUUGAUGUUGCUGGGAUGAUGGUGAAUGUCAAUGUGGAUUCUGAACAUCAGUUGAUGUCUACUGCUCUUGUUGUGCAAUCACUUGAUUCUGUUCCAAUGGAGGGUGUAGUUGUGGAGAAUGCGAUGAUAUCUCGUAUCCGCAGUAAUACUGCAGGUCGGAAUUAUCACAUUGGAUCAGGGUCCAUGUCAAACAAAAGAUCAAAACAAUAUAAUGGAAAGUUGAAACAUGGUGCACAAAAGCAAGUUGACGCCAAGUGUGUUGCUGCGCUUCUAGCAUCAAAGGAAGCACAAGAGGAAAUUUUAAGUUAUGAGCGGAUGAAAAACGACUCUGCCACUCAUCUUGAAUCUCUCUACAACGAGAUACGACCUGCCAUUGAAGAACAUGAAAGGGACAGCCAAGACAGCGUAGCUACCAGUGUAGCUGAGAAGUGGAUAGAAGCCUGCUGCAUGAAACUCAAGGCGGAGUUCGACCUUUAUUCUUCCAUUGUCAAAAGCAUUGCCUGCACUCCGCGAAGGCCAUUUGGCCAGGCCGAACCUUCUGACGGCAGCACCGAGAAUGAGAUUAAGUACUUGCAGAAUUGA